AUGCCUCGAGAGCGCGGGACAGAGCUUCCUUCGGAACUCCAAUGGCAUGAUCCGCAGUCGGAAGUCUCUGGGUCCAGACGGUCCCGAUCACACUCGUUGCGAGCUGUCGAAAAGUCUGGCCUGGCCGCGGAUGAUACCCCAAGACCUUUUCUCGACUUCUUAUACCCUCCGAAAAGCCAGUCCUUUGCGUUCUCAUGGGUUGCACGCGCGAAAAAUGGGUUUCUGCUGCGGAAGAAAAAGCGGUCAGCCCCUGACCUCGCGAGGUCAUACGUUUCGGACGUUUCUAAUUCUGCCUCGGAACCCGCCAAUGUCUCCCAAGGCGUGAAACUGAGUCGAUACGAAGAAAACAUUGGCGGCGAUGUGGAUCAAGAUAGACAUGAGAAAGAGGCCGCCCUGAAGGUGUUGCUUGACGCGGCAGACCGACGGGACUAUGACAAAGUUUGGGAUCUGUGGAUGGAUAUUGGGGAACCGCCAGGACUCAGGUCCUCUGUCCUUGAAUAUCUGUCAAACUCGACGAGCCUGGUCGACUUGAAUAGAGCACGGAGGCUUUUUGAUGCUAUUCCUUCCGAAGCGCGCUCCGAAAAAGACUAUUUGCAUGCGACAAUGUCUCUUCUUCGAGCUGGGAAGUACUCCGAUGUCAAGCGGAUAUGUGCAGAGGGUAUGGCCAAAGACCUUGGAAUACCAGCCUGGAGCUUGGCCCUAGCCUCGUUCGUGGAAACAACGCAAUGGAGCGAUGCAUUGGAUCUUUGGGAUUCCAGGCCUGCCGGUUUGGAAAAGGAUCUUUCUCACCCAGCUUUGUCGCAGAUGAAGUCUCUUUCUGACCUACCUGAUCGAGUUCUCUCUCUGGCGCAGUAUCUGAAGGGGCAGGAGGAAGCCGAUAGGGACUCAAGAGCUGCCGAGCUAGCCCCUUUUUUAUUGAAGAUGAUUUUCACUUCUUCUGAUAUGAUGAGAGACAUCACCACGGAGAUGAUUUUGAAUUUGACUCAAGCAUUCAAAGAGUUGGGGUUCCUCACGGCAAGGCAUUAUUAUAGUGCUCUUGACAUCCUUCAAUCAUUCGAGGUUCGCUCAAAUGUAAUCCGAUCGAUCGUCGUUUAUCGGAACUUUCGAUGGCACCUUAGCAGUGAGAUCCCUCCACGAAAGCUCCUGGAGAGUCUGUUGAGAACUCUGACUUCUUUGGAGGUCACUCAUGGUAUCCAAUACCUCCUUGAUGAGUUCACCAACUUCUACGGGAAACCAUCGGUAGAGGCAUAUAAAUUAGCUCUCACGGCGUUUUCCAGGGCGGGUGACGCCAUCAAUGUCCAAAAAACGUUCAAUGAUCUCGUCGCAGAAUAUGGCGAGCCGGUGAGCGGACAGCUUGAACGAAAACCCCGAACUCUGAGAUGGGUCGCGCCACUUCUCCAUGUUCACGCUAGAGUGGGAAACGUCGAAGAGACUCUGAAGCAGUUCAACAGGGUUUCCGAAUUUGGUUUGAAGCCAAAUAGAGUGUGCUGGAACAUUCUUCUGUCGGCAUAUACAAAUGCACAAGAUGUCGAUGGAGCGAUUAAAGUCUGGAAGCAAAUGAUAGACGCUGGUCACAAGCCGGACUCGUACACCUUCGGAACCUUAAUGGGUCUCUGUGCAAACAGGGGUGAUAUUGACGGCGUCCGCCAUCUUUUCCAGCUUGCAAGAGAAAACAGGGUACCUAUCACCAUACCAAUGCUGGACACUAUCGUGGAAGUCUAUUGCAAUAACAGCCGGCUCGACGAUGCUGAGGAGGUAGCAGAGGCCAGUCUCGCCUUGAAUCUUGAGGGGUCACGCACGAGGAUGUGGAACAUUCUGCUUUGGUCGUACGCAUUCCGAGCCGACUUGGAUGCUGUCUCCAGAAUCUUUUCUCGCAUGGAGGCCGUCGGUGUGCGGCCGGAUGACAUGACAUAUGCCGCGUUGAUGUUGUCUCUGGCCCUGAUCGGGAAGCCUGAUUCGGCUCGACGUAUCCUCCGGACUCUGCACCGUAGCCGCCGGGUUCAUGCCACCGAGUUUCACUAUACCAUCAUUCUCUACGCCUACGUCAAAGCUCGCAAUCGCGACAUGGCCCAUAUCAUUUACCGAGAGAUCGAGGAACGCUUUCAGAAUCCCAGCUUGAGCCCACGACUUCAGAUGCUGAAGACUUUCCUUGACAGAGACGCCCAACUUUCUUUGGAAACUGGCUCUCGAGACCCCAGCGACGUGCAUCUGGCCAUGUCGGAGGAGUUUCUUAUCAAGGCGAUCGCCGAAUUUGACAUCAGGCAGUUUGCAUCCAAACAGCCGCGACCGGGCAUGGGCAAACAGCCCCUUCAUGAAGCCUUUCCCGCUCUCUAUUACGAAUACCUCAUUACGGCAUACGGAACGAUAGGCGCUUAUGGGAAGGUCGGGGAGCUCUUUGACGAGUACAUGCAGAAGGGACGGCUUGUUUCGCAGGGUGAAAAGGGCGGACCUCCUCCGCUACGUUUACUAGCUGCCUUAAUGUACGCCCACCUGCGAGCCGGGCAAUACGCUAAGGUUGAAGAAUGCUGGAAAAUGGCGUUGCCUCGAGCAAUCCAGUUAGCCAGCUGUCCGGAUCUUGAGGAGUUACGGUUCCAGGAUCAGCCUAGUGAUUCCGGGCCACCGCAACCUUCUCUACCUCAGUCUGUUCAAAAGAGCCAGCCUUUGGUUGUGGCGGAGCAGCAGGCUGAGUCAAAGGACAAGGCGACGCCCAUACUACGCUCGCAGCGUUUCAUCCUAUCGCGAUGUCUCUCCUUGUACAUGCAAGCCUUGGGACACUAUAAUCAGCAUUGGAAAAUCCCCGAAGUUGUGUCAGAGUUUCAGAAGCUGGGGUUCUCACUGACCACUCAGAACUGGUCGACGUACGUCCAGGUGCUCGCGCAAUCGAAUAAAGCCUCUGAUCAGCUUGAAGCCUUUGUUACCUUUGAAAACAAAUUCAUGCCAAAUUUUCCUGGGUGGGGGAGACUGCGCCGGGGUUUUGCAGUGAGGCCGGAGGGCGCUCCUGCUACCAUUGACUACCUUGAGAACCCUAAGCGUGGGAGAUAUCGCAAUUCUCUCGGAAAAGCCGGGCGACGACUCUGGAGUAAGAUUGAUCCUGAGUUCAUGCAACCAACAUAUGUCACCUUGAUCUAUCUUGCGUCGGCCUUGAUCGACUUCAGAGAGAGAAGCAUUAUCGACGGAGGCGCGCAAUUGAGGAAUCUCCUUUCGGUUGCUCCCAAGACGGUCCUGGCCAUUGGCGAUAUGCCCUAUCUGCGUGAGAAAUUCCAAGGCGUCCUGCUCCGCCACCAGGUGGAGCAAGGGGACAAGGAGAUGAAGCCGCAGGAACAAUUCGUGUGGACCGGCGGCGUUCUCGGCGUUGGGGGUGAACAGCGCACCGCCACCGAUCCAGAGAAGGACCAGUUGUCUCUAGAAGAGGUAUCAGCAGACGUACCGCCAUCUGGCCGAGGUGAGAGUCUGGCUGGCGACGAAUUGCCCGAAACCCCGCCGCGGACUCUCGAUUAUCAGGACGAGCAGGACAUCGAGGCUGAAACCCUUCUGGAGGCGAGGCGUCGACGUCUGGGCAUCGAUCCUCUCUCGGAGGAUGAGCCCGAAGAAGAGGACAAGCGAGCCAUACCGCCAAAGAUUGCUCCGGACGUCCUUCCUGGUGUUUCAACGAAUCACUCUGUUUCAAGGAAAGCACCCGGCCAAACGACAAGAGAUCAAGAUUCAGAUCGUCUCGACGAUCGUCCAUCUUCGUGA